AUGAAGAUUGUGGAGGUCCAGUCGGAGAAGAACUCAGAUCUCCAGAUGGCGUCUCUCGCAGUCAGUGCUCAUCAGGACAUCCCGAUGAACAGACCGUCCUCGUUCACCAUCGACAGCAUCCUGGGACUGAACCGACCGGACCAGAGAACUGCACUGUCAGCGCCUUACCGACCCUGGACAGACGUGAAACCAGCAUUCCAGAAUCUUCUCGUGCUCACAGACAGCGACGCUUCAGUGGAUGUGAGAGUGAAUGAAGAUGGUAAAUCCUACAGUAAAUCACCAGCAGACACGUACAGGAGAACACUGAACUGGUACAUCGGGCGCAGGCCGCGGACGGCGUUCUCUAGCGUUCAGAUCAAGAUAUUGGAGAGUGUGUUUCAAGUGAACUCAUACCCGGGCAUCGAUUUACGAGAAGAACUUGCUAAGAAACUUCGCCUAGAUGAGGACAGAAUUCAGAUUUGGUUCCAGAACAGAAGAGCAAAGCUGAAGCGCUCACACAGAGAGUCUCAGUUCCUCAUGGUGAAAAACGUUCUUAAUGAUUUACAAACCAGCAGGGAAGAACACUGAUGGCCGCAGAA